UCCUCCAAGAGCCUUAAGUCGGCGUAUACGCUUCCUUACCCCCUACCCCUAGUACAUCCUCACAACAACCUUGUGAGGCUCUUUGACAUCCAUGGAGCCUCCAGGGGCUGAAGCCUAGUCCCUCCCCAGCUGAGGAAUGGCAACUCCAUCGUUGAACCCUCCACCAGACCUCCCUUUUGCUGCCACCUUGUUCCUGCCCCUCCCUGCCAUCGUUUUCUUGGUUGUUGGUUCCUACCUGCUACUCCUCAUCCUGGUCCUGGUCCUCCGACAGUGCCUGCUGGCCCGAGGCCUUUGUGCCAAUUGCUGUUCCUGUGAAAAGCGGCCUUGGCCAAAUGUGUGCGAAUGCUGUAUGGCUUGCGCGGAGUCAUGUGACUGUGUCCUCCCUUCCCCAGCGCGCUGUCUGGAUCGCUGCUGUCCUUGCACUAACGGCUGGGAAUCGGGGACUUGCUCCUUUCCUCACUUGUGUCCACUCUGUGAUUGUGCCUGCACGUAUCAGCCCCCGGACUGUCAGAACAUCAACUGCAUUUGCUUUGAGAUCAAAUUGCGUUAAGGGACCCCAACCCUCAAAAUAAUGGAGUUAUGAUUCGGAAAUGUGGGAGGACUUAGGAGUUUUCAUAUAAAUGGUGGACAAGUAAAAUGGGCAGUUGCUGAAGCUGGCAAAAAUUAACCAUCCUGAUGCAAGGAGACAUGAAACUUGUUUCCCCCCACCCCGGUUUUUUCAAAUGAUUUUGAUCUUUGUAAUGCAUGUUUGAUAUUAUUGUUUUAUAAGAACUGCUGCAUUUUAUAAUAAAGCGAGUUGUAUAUA